AUGCGGCCAUCAAUUCACCCUCUUCCUGAGGGUCAGUCGGCACUUUCCGGUUGGGGCCAGCUACAACAGUACGCCAAGCAGCCUCCAAUGGCUACACAAAGCCUGACCUCAAAUUCUCUUUGGCCAUUAUUUGGUCCGAUCGUUUUGUCUCGCAUCGGCGCCUUUACAGAGCACCCAGCGACCUAUCCUACGAUUCGGACCCUUACACACGCUCCUCCUCCGCCGAAGCGCCGGGGAAGGCCGAAGGGCAGCAGGAACAAGCCGAAAGUACAGCAACAGCCGUCACCACCUCCAGAGCGUUCGCCGAAAGAGCCGCACAAUAACCCUCCAGCACCUCAGUCUCCCUAUCUCGUUUUAUGGGAUAGUGGGACUUCCACGGCGAUGACGAGGAGUAUACAUUAUGGCGCCCGCAAUCAAGAAGCCGAGCCACAGCAGCAACCCCCGCAGCUUUCAAUUGCCCCAAGCCUUGCCCGUGAUCCCUAUAAGGCAGCCGUCGGCGAUGCCGGCAAAGCAGAUCUCAACCAGGCACCGAGAGGCGUCUAA